UUAGCGGCGUUUUUUGUUCCUUUUACCGUGGUGUGAAGUGACCAACGUUAGAUUAUUCUCAAAGAAGGUUCUGUGUCAGUAGUACGAGAGACAUCGAGGUAGCUUGUGGUUAGAUUAGGCUAGGUUUUUUGCGGUUAAACAGUAUUUUUUGUUAGAACGUCUGAAAGAUUAAUGUUGUUAAUCCGUUAUCAAAUAGAAUUAUUAAUUGGGUUUAGCCUAAAAAAACUGGGAUGAAGGUUACAGAUAAAUUGCGUCAAUUUGACGCUUAUCCAAAGACGAUGGAAGACUUUCACGUUAAAACAUUUGGUGGAGGCAUCGUUACCAUAAUAAGCGCGCUUAUCAUCCUGGCACUGUUCAUCUCUGAAGUGAGCGACUACUUGACACCUAGCAUGAGCGAAGAGUUAUUCGUUGAUACUUCAAGGGGGUCCAAGCUUAGAAUAAAUUUGGACUUGAUCGUCCCCACGAUAUCGUGUGAUUUAUUGUCAUUAGAUGCGAUGGAUACAACAGGGGAGCAGCAUUUUCAAAUAGAUCACAAUGUUUUCAAACGAAGGCUCGAUCUUGAUGGAAAGCCAAUAGAAGAUCCUCAGAAAACAGAUAUUGCAAACACCAAGUCGCCAGAAAAGGCUACUGAACAGCCAGCUGAGAAUACUACAGUGGCAGAAGCUUGUGGUGACUGUUAUGGUGCAGCAAGCGAAGCAAUUGGAAUAAAGUGUUGUAACACAUGCGAAGAUGUUCGAGAGGCAUACCGAAUGCGGAAGUGGGCCUUUCCCGAUCCUUCAACAAUAAAGCAAUGCCAGAAUGACAAAUCAGUUGAAAAAUUGAAGCGAGCAUUUACAGAAGGCUGCCAGAUAUAUGGAUACAUGGAAGUGAACCGUGUCGGUGGUAGUUUCCACAUAGCACCUGGAGAGAGCUUCUCCGUUAAUCAUGUGCACGUUCAUGAUGUACAGCCUUAUGCCUCCACCCAGUUCAAUAUGACGCAUAAAAUUCGACACUUAAGCUUUGGACACAAGAUACCUGGAAAAACGAACCCAAUGGAUGAUACGCUAGUUGUGGCUGCAGAUGGUGCCACGAUGUUUCAACACUACAUAAAAAUCGUCCCAACGACGUACGUUCGACUAGAUGGUUCGACGUUACUGACUAAUCAAUUCUCCGUUACCAGACAUUUUCGACAAAUGUCUCUGUUCAAAGGGGAUUCAGGUAUGCCAGGUAUAUUUUUCAGCUAUGAACUUAGUCCUUUAAUGGUGAAAUAUACCGAGAAGGAAAAAUCUUUUGGUCAUUUUGCCACAAAUCUUUGCGCCAUUGUGGGUGGUGUAUUUACCGUAGCAGGUCUAAUAGAUGCUGCUUUAUACCAUUCGGUUAGAGCUAUACAGCGAAAAGUGGAACUUGGCAAAUUCAACUAGGAGAUUAAUUUAUAACAUUUUAUUAAAUUAAGGAAGGAAGAAAAAGCUGAAUAAAAAAUGACGAAUAUUAUAAAAA